AUGGCCCGCGGGGGCACCGCCGCGCUGGCGCUGGCCCUCGCGCUCCUGCCGGUGGCCCUGGUCGGGGUCGGGGCCCAGGGCGCAGCCUUCGAGGACCCCGACUACUCUGUGCAGGGGCUCUGGAGCUGGGGGCCCCAGCACGCGGGCCCGGGGGGGCCGCAGCCCGAGCCCCUCUCGCCGCCGCUGCGCGCCCGGGCCGGGGAGCAGGAGCGCGCGCCGCGCCCGCGGGAGCCCCGGCCGCCCCAGAAAGCUGCCAAGCCCAGGAAGGCUGCCCGGCGGGAGGAGGUGGCUCUGGAGACGCCGCCGCCAGGUAAAAAUAGCAACAGAAAAGGUGUGAGGGCCAAGAGCUCCGAGAAGGACGCCAGCGAGGAGCUCAGUGUCCCCGCGGCCCGUGACGACGUCCGAGAAGAUUGCCCUCCUCUCGGCCUGGAAACCUUAAAAAUCACAGACUUCCAGCUGCACGCGUCCACGGUGAAGCGCUAUGGCCUGGGGGCGCACCGGGGGAGACUCAAUAUCCAGGCGGGUAUUAAUGAAAAUGAUUUUUAUGACGGGGCGUGGUGCGCAGGGAGGAACGACCUCCAUCAGUGGAUUGAAGUGGAUGCCAGACGUCUCACCAAGUUCACUGGGGUCAUCACUCAAGGAAGGAACUCGCUCUGGCUGAGUGACUGGGUGACCUCCUACAAGGUCAUGGUGAGCAAUGACAGCCACACAUGGAUCACGGUUAAGAAUGGAUCUGGAGACAUGGUAUUUGAAGGCAACAGUGAAAAGGAGAUCCCUGUUCUAAACGAGCUGCCGGUGCCCAUGGUGGCCCGCUACAUUCGCAUCAACCCGCAAACGUGGUUUGACAACAUAUGCAUGAGGAUGGAGAUCCUUGGCUGUCCACUGCCAGACCCCAAUAACUACUACCACCGGCGGAACGAAAUGACCACCACGGACGACCUGGACUUCAAGCACCACAGCUACAAGGAGAUGCGCCAGUUGAUGAAGGUCGUGAAUGAAAUGUGCCCCAAUGUCACCAGAAUCUACAACAUCGGCAAGAGCCACCAGGGCCUGAAGCUGUACGCGGUGGAGAUCUCGGAUCACCCCGGGGAACACGAAGUCGGGGAGCCGGAGUUCCACUACAUCGCAGGCGCCCAUGGCAACGAGGUGCUGGGCCGGGAGCUGCUGCUGCUGCUGGUGCAGUUUCUGUGCCAGGAGUACCUGACGGGAAACGCGCGCAUCGUCCGCCUGGUGGAGGAGACCCGGAUCCACAUCCUCCCCUCGCUCAACCCCGACGGCUACGAGAAGGCCCAUGAAGGGGGCUCGGAGCUGGGAGGCUGGUCCCUGGGGCGCUGGACUCACGACGGGAUCGACAUCAACAACAACUUUCCAGACUUAAACACGCUGCUCUGGGAGGCGGAGGACCGACAGCGCACCCCAAGGAGAGUCCCCAACCACUACAUCUCAAUCCCGGAGUGGUUUCUGUCUGAAAACGCCACGGUGGCGGCGGAGACCCGGGCCGUCAUCGCCUGGAUGGAGAAGAUCCCCUUCGUGCUGGGCGGCAACCUGCAGGGGGGCGAGCUGGUGGUGGCCUACCCCUACGACAUGGUGCGCUCGGCCUGGAAGACGCAGGAGCCCAGCCCCACGCCCGACGACCACGUGUUCCGCUGGCUCGCCUACUCCUACGCCUCCACGCACCGCCUCCUGACCGACGCCCGGAGGCGGGUGUGCCACACAGAGGACUUCCAGAAGGAGGACGGGACGGUCAACGGGGCUUCCUGGCACACGGUGGCUGGAAGUCUCAACGACUUCAGUUACCUGCACACGAACUGCUUCGAGCUGUCCAUCUACGUGGGCUGUGAUAAAUACCCACACGAAAGCGAGCUGCCCGAGGAGUGGGAGAAUAAUCGGGAAUCCUUAAUUGUGUUCUUGGAGCAGGUCCACCGUGGCAUCAAAGGCCUGGUGAGGGAUUUACAUGGGAAAGGGAUCCCGAACGCCGUGAUCUCCGUGGAAGGCAUCAACCACGACGUCCGAACAGCCAGCGACGGGGACUACUGGCGCCUGCUCAACCCCGGCGAGUACGUGGUCACGGCCCAGGCCGAGGGUUUCACUUCAUCCACCAAGAACUGCAUGGUCGGCUAUGACAUGGGGGCCACGCGCUGCGACUUCACCCUCAGCAAAACCAACCUGGCACGGAUCAGAGAGAUCAUGGAGAGGUUCGGGAGGCAGCCGGUCAGCCUGCCGUCCCGGCGGCUGAAGCUGCGGGGGCGCAAGCGACGACAGCGCGGGUGACCUCCUCCUGGACCCCUGCAAUGAGCCCCCCGACCCCCGCUCCACGGAGGGCUCCGUCCCUGUUGUUUCCUCGUAAUUCCAGAAGGCCUGGACGAAUGUCUGCCUUGCACGGUCCCGGGGGAGGGCCACGGGCUUGGGAUAUUUUUCCUUUUCUUGGUUCCCUUGUGUCCACGUAACCUGAACGGAGGAGCAGAGAAAGGCAGGUUGGAGUGAGCGAGUCCAGCAGGGCAGCCUGAGACUCCCAGAGUGAGAGGCGCUUGCCCGUUCGGGACGAGCUCGGGAAGGGGGCCGGCGCCUCCCUGUGUGUGACAGCAGGGAUUCCCCCGCGUCUGCAGUUUGCUGGCCUGCCUUCUCGGGCACCCCCGGGCUCUGCCGCCCCAAAUGCCAUCAUCUGAGUGGCUCUGGGCUUUCUUUCUAAGAGAAUCCAGCCUUUCUUCCUCUGGGACAUUCCAACUGCUGGAAAUAAACUCACACUCUGAAUAGACAGUAGAUCAGUGAGCAUCAGCCAGCCCUCUGAGUCCACUUAGUUUCCCUUUCAACAACAGAAUGUGUUCGAAAGAGGGGAGGAAGCUUGAAAUCACUCAAGAGUGAUGGCUGAACAGCGGGCACGGGGCCUCGUUGCGUGUGUGUCCUGGGUCCGGAGAGAACCGCCCCACCCAACUCCUUGCUGAUCCGGUAGCCCUGGGGGUUCCCUGGGCUAGGAGAGCAGGAGGCCCAAUCUUUUUAGGGCCAGUUCGUAUGGCCUGGCUCCCUCUUUGACCUGUUAGGACUUGAAAAGGGCCUGUACCGCCCCUUCUGUUCAAGACACCCUCCCUUUCAUGGCAGUGAACCCCCCGUGUUGGCCUGACAUCACUCAUUUUGAGUGUGGAAUGCCAGCCCUUCCUCACGCUGCUUCCCGGCAGCUCAGCAUCACCUGCGAGUGCUCAGCAUUGGUCCAGGAGGGGUGACUGGUGACCGUGCAAGAAAACAGUUUGUCUCACCUUUUAGUAAUUUUGCUGCCUCACUGACCUGGAAGAAAGAAAAAUAAAGCAAAUGGUAAGAUCCUUCUAGUGUGUGGUUUUUUGAGGGGUAGAAUCUCAGCUACCCAAAUGUCACACCCCAUGCCUCAAAGCACAGUCACCCACCCCCAAAAAGUGCCUGCUUGGGAAGGUCAUUCUGCACCACUUUGAGCUGGAUACCAGUGACCUCUAUGUCCCCUCUC